UUCCCCAACGAGCGUUUCGCAGUAACGAAGUGUUCUCCUGUUUUUCAUCCGCUCCAUCCCAUUGUGACAAGAAAAAUACAAGUGAAAUGUUUAUAUUAACGGACGAAUCACUUUCCUUUCGUGCUGUGUGAGCAAUGCAAGGCCCUUCAUUGAGACAAGGCACGCCGAAAGUACUUUUUUGCUUCAUGACAUCCAAGACCCUUUAAAUAAGCGAUAAUGCCCAGCUUCAAGAAAAGUGACACGCGCACCUGGCCCGAUGGCGUGGGUAUUCUGGCCAUCGAAGUCUACUUCCCUUACCUGUAUGUUGACCAGACAGAACUUGAAGCAUUUGAUGGUGUCUCCAAGGGCAAGUACACCAUUGGCCUCGGCCAGGACAAGAUGGGUUUCUGCUCGGACCGAGAGGACAUCAACUCCUUGUGCCUCACCGUCGCUCAUCGUCUGCUCGAAAAGACCGGCGUGGGUGCCAACGAAAUUGGUCGGCUCGAAGUGGGCACAGAGACUAUUGUGGACAAGUCCAAGAGUGUGAAGACUGUGCUAAUGCAGCUAUUUGAGGAGAGUGGGAACUGUGACAUCGAGGGUGUUGACACAACUAAUGCCUGUUAUGGUGGUACAGCUGCUUUGCUGAAUGCCGCUGCGUGGGUUGAGUCGAGCGCUUGGGAUGGGAGAUAUGCGCUGGUUAUUGCUGCCGACAUCGCCGUUUACGCAACUGGUGCGGCUCGUCCCACUGGUGGAGCAGGAGCCAUUGCAAUGCUUGUUGGACCAAAUGCCGCGCUUGUCCUCGAGCGAGGUGUGAGAGCUUCCCACAUGUGCCACGUGUACGAUUUUUACAAGCCCGACCUCCAGUCCGAGUACCCCCGCGUCGACGGCAAAUUGUCGGUAGAGUGCUACAGCAGAGCCUUAGAUAAGUGCUAUGCUGGUUUCUGCAAGAAGGCCCAAGCUGUGUACGCAGAUGAGCGUGGCAGCAAGCCCGUAACGUUAGAUGACUUGGAUGCCAUGUGUUUUCACGCUCCAUACGGCAAACUGGUCCAAAAGAGCUUGGCGCGUCUAGUUUUGAACGACUUCCUCAGGGAUCACACAUCUUCCAAAUAUGCUGGUCUCACUGAGUUUAGCAACCUGGACCUGGACGACACAAUCCACAACCGUGACGUAGAGAAGGCCUUCAUGCAGUAUAGCCAGAGCAUAUAUGAGAAGAAGACCAGGCCAAGCCUACUAUUAUCCAAUCAAGUUGGCAACAUGUACACACCUUCACUCUACUCUUGUUUGGCUUCUUAUGUUGCAAGCGUACCUGUAAAUGAGCUGGCUGGCCAGCGCAUCGGCAUGUUCUCGUAUGGGUCUGGUCUGGCGGCAACACUGUUCAGCCUGCGGGUGACCAGCGAUCUCGCCCCGACGUCACCUCUGCACAGCCUGCACAGCAGCUUAGCUGACCUCCCUGCACGCCUGGCACAGAGGUGCCGGACGCCUCCUGCAGAAUUUGCCCGUAUCAUGCAGCUUAGGGAAGACACCCACCAUCAGGCUCCAUACACACCUGUGGGGCCUGUCGACCAAUUAUUCCCAGGCACCUGGUACUUGACGUCUGUCGAUGACAUGCAUCGCCGACAGUACAAGCGUGUUCCGCUUGUUGAUGGCGCUUUCAAGCAGCCCAUCGCCACACUGAAGGACUUCAACAUGGCCGAGGUGACAACAAAUGGCCAGGCAGUGCCAAGUGCACAGGCUGUUGAGUGCAUCUGAUACACAAUGAAACCUCCAAAAAUUGCCUCGUGCAUUUGCAAAGGCUGAUAAUUGGAGACACAGGAGAGCGGCCGGGUAGCCUCCCCUCCGCGAGGAGAAAAAAAAAAGAGAAAACUUUAAAAGAAGACUAGGAGAAGAUACCUACAACAGCAUCUCGUGCUGCAUCAAGUGCCUCUCUAUUGACUUUCAGUUAUAUAUUGCCCUCAAGGUUGGAAAUCAUACGGUUGGUGAUAGGAUAGCAUCGCUCGGACGAUGAUGGCGGCUGGCUUGCCGGCACAGGAUUGUUGCAGUAGAAAAGUUGUUUGUUAGCAGUGGCGGAGUUGGGUUGAGUUUGUAUCUUUGUAGGUCUGGCUCCUUAUGCCUACUGCAACUUUGCCACAGGCACUUAAUUCCUGAUGUUUGUACAACCGCAUGAAUUUGAUGAACAAAACGUUUCACGUUGUCAAGGUUAUUUCUUGUCAGAUUUAAUAUGCGUACGAUUUACUGGAAGUCCCUCUAGAUUCAGUACCUUUCCUUGCAUGAAGUUUGGGACAUUCUGGUAUGAGUGACAGAGUUGGUCAAAAUUAGAACUCUUCAGAAUUGAACCGCUGUAUGUGUAGUUUUGAAGAUGUGAAACUGCAUCAUAUCUUCCUUUUGUACACGCACACAUAGUGUGUGCUUUGAGUGUCAUCGAGUAUUAAUUAUGACGAUUUUAUAAAUAGCAGCCUAAACUUUGUUAAGUGUCAUUCCCACAUAGGCCACACUAUAUUUAUUACAGGGAGAAGGAAAUUGUAUCCGGUGUUAGGGGCAAUAAUUUUUUUUUUAACCACCAUAUUUCGCGAUACUUAUUUUAUGUAUAAUAACAUGCAACUCGAGAUCUGUUGUGCAUGAGAAUGUAUGUUUGUUACAAUGCAAUUUCAGUUUACCUCACAUUUGGGUUGUGAAGAUGAAACCUUGUGUGUUUGUCUUCGAAAUGAAAUACUAUUGAAUAAAAUUAAUCUAAUUUUUGUCAUACUCAUGAAGAUUUAAUGCUACUGGACUGAAUAAAGGUUUAUUUGUACUA